AUUUUUUGUUUGUUUAGUUUGAGCCACAUAGGUGGCUCCAAAUUUGUAGGUAGCCUGUGGUUUAAUAUCUUUCUCUCCCGUUUAACUCAGCUCCACGGGGCACAUGGCAUCUCCCUCUGCUCAUCACAAUGUCUGGAUCAAACAAAUGAAAAACAAAAACAUGAUGGCCUCUCCCAGCAAAGCUCGAGGGUUGGAAAGAGUCCCCUGGCAGGGAAUUGGCACCCCGUCGUGCCCAUCCUCUCUCUCUGACUGCCUGCUGGAAAUGCCCCCAUCUCCCUUUGAGUCCUCCUCCCGGGCGACCCCUGUGACCUGUAACCUCUGUCCUGAAAUCAUCACAAUGGCCAGGGUGGCCUCAGCUCAGGGCCUCUGUGACAUCACCAAGGGCCUGGCACCAGGUGCCCAGUCUCCCAGUUGCGAGGGCAAGCAAACCCGUCAUGAGCAACUCCCUUCCCCAUCUCUGCUCACCAUGUGGACGCUGAAAUCGUCCCUGGUCCUGCUUCUGUGCCUCACCUGCAGCUAUGCCUUUAUGUUCUCUUCUCUGAGACAGAAAACUAGCGAACUCCAGCGGAAGGUGCAAUACGGAGAGCACUUUCGGAUUCGGCAGAACCUACCAGAGCACACCCAAGGCUGGCUUGGGAGCAAAUGGCUCUGGCUUUUGUUUGCUGCUGUGCCGUUUGUGAUACUGAAGCGUCAAAGAGACAGUGAGAAGAAUAAGGAGCAGGGUCCUCCUGGCCUUCGAGGCGGCCAACUUCACUCUCCAUUAAAGAAAAAAAGAAAUGCUUCCCCCAACAAAGACUGUGCAUUCAAUACCUUAAUUGAACUCGAGGUGGAGCUUAUGAAAUUUGUGUCCAAAGUGCGGAAUCUUAAACGUGCCAUGGCAACAGGUAGUGGCAGUAACCUCAGGCUUCGAAAGUCAGAGAUGCCUGCAGAUCCAUACCAUGUCACGAUCUGUGAAAUAUGGGGAGAAGAAAGCUCUAGCUGAAUGGAUUUGUGUGUCAGGAGAGAAAAAAGUUGAGUGUUGACAAACUGUAUGCAAACUAAUAAAACUAUUCUGAAGAAAAGAA